GGAGAUAGUAAGGACUCGCUGGUCACCGGACCAUUCUGUCACACCAUAUCUAUCAGAUGCCCAGAUAAAGAACUCAACCUGCAAAGAAUUACAUCCUUCCUCUGAGCGCUGAACUACGUUUCCCAGGGGCCAUCGCGUCCAAAGCUACUUCCGGUGAAAGGUCGCGUUGGUUUAUUGUCCAGGUUUCCAGACUGGAGCAUCCAUUUGUGGGGAAGCAGCGUGGAGGCCUGGGUUGAGUCUUGCAUUCAAAACGCGGCCUGGAACUAAUAGAAGCUCCUGGCCACGGAUGUAAACAACUGUGAAGGCGAUGGUUUUUGCCCAGGGAAAGGAUGUGGGCCCGGGGCCAAGUCCUGUGAAUUGAGAUCGUGAGAUCUCUGAAAGGCUGUCCAUGCUCUGACUGCAUUUUCCAAUGUCCAUCAUAGCCGAAGCAGCUUCCUGUCCACACACUGGCCCUUUCAGGACCAUAGGAAGGCUUGCGCCCGAGUCCCUGCGGAACAUUUUUGAAGGGACCGCAGGGUCAGCUCUGCUUUCUCAAGACUGUGCUUCACCAAGAGAGGAAUCUAGAAGACUGAUUGAGUCUUAGAAUUUUAAGUCAUGGCCCAUCAGUUGAUGAUGUUCAGGGAUAUAGCUGUAGACUUCUCUCAAGAGGAGUGGGAGUGCCUGGACUUGGAACAGAGACAUUUGUACAGAGAUGUGAUGUUGGAGAACUACAGCAACAUGAUCUCACUGGGACUUUGCAUUUAUCAGCCAGAUGUGUUCUGUUUACUGGAGAAGGGAAAAGAGCCCUGGAUAUUUUUACAGGAUGAGACAAGAGGACAUUGCCCAGACAUGCCGUUCAGAUGUCAAACCAAGGAGUUAUCACAAAAAAGUGUUACUUUUGAGAGAGAAUUAUCUCAAUUGGAAAUCUGUAAAAAACACAACCUUGAAUAUUCAUGUUUUAGGGCUGAUUGGGAAAGCAAAGGUCAGUUUGAAACACAACAGGAAAAUCAGGAAGAAUGUUUAAAGCAAGUUAUACUCACCGAUGAAAAAAUGUCCACUUUUAACCAUCACACAGCUCACAGACAUGAUACAGGAAAGAAACUGAAUGAAUUUAAAGAGUGUGCAAAAGCCUUUUGUUCUGGCUUGGACUGUGAUCAACAUCAAUUAAUUCACACUGGUGAGAGAUUUUGUGAAGAUAAAGAAUAUGAGAAGACCUUUCUUUCUGAUUCAGAACUUACUCAAUAUCAGACAGUACACUCUGCCAAGAAAACAUAUGAAUGUAAAGAAUGUGGGAAGGCUUUUAGUUUGCGUUCAAGUCUUACUGGUCACAGGAGGAUUCAUACUGGUGAAAAACCUUUUAAAUGUAAGGAAUGUGGGAAGUCCUUCAGAUUUCACUCACAACUUAGUGUUCAUAAGCGUAUUCAUACUGGUGAGAAAUCUUAUGAAUGUAAACAGUGUGGGAAAGCCUUUAGUUGUGGCUCAGAUCUUACACGACAUCAGAGAAUUCAUACCGGUGAAAAACCUUAUGAAUGUAAUGAAUGUAGAAAGGCCUUUAGUCAGCGAUCACAUCUUACUAAACAUCAGAGAAUUCACACUGGUGAAAAACCUUAUGAAUGUAAGCAGUGUGGAAAAGCGUUUACUCGUGGUUCACACCUAACUCAACAUCAGAGAACUCAUACUAGUGAGAAAUCUCAUGAAUGUAAGGAAUGUGGAAAAGCCUUUAUUCGUGGUUCAAAUCUUGCUCAACAUCAGAAUGUUCAUGUUGGUAGGAAACCCUAUGAAUGUGAGAAAUGUGGAAAAGCCUAUAUCUGGAGUUCGCACCUUGCUAGACAUCAACGAAUUCAUAAUGGUAGGAAACCUUAUGAAUGUAAGCAAUGUGGGAAGACAUUUAUUUGGGCCUCCUAUCUUGCUCAACAUGAGAAAAUUCAUAAUGAGAGGAAACUCUAUGAAUGUAAGGAAUGUAGAAAGACCUUUCGUCAUGGCUCAGAGUUUAAUCGGCAUCAAAAAAUUCAUACUGGUGAAAGAAACUAUGAAUGUAAGCAAUGUGGAAAGACCUUUUUUCGUGGUUCAGAACUUAAUCGACAUCAGAAAAUCCACACUGGAAAGAGACCAUAUGAAUGUGAAGAAUGUGGAAAAGCCUUUCUCUGGGGUUCACAACUUACUCGACAUCAGAGAAUACAUACUGACUUCUGUGUUGAGUUUAGUAUCAGUGUGCAUAUCUGGUGCUCUUGUCUCCUUCAUUGUGAAUUCCUGGAUUUCCUUGAAUGCCUGAGGGAGUGAUCUUCAGAGUAUCUUAAAUGAAAAAGAGAGAGAGAGCAUGAACAGGGGAGGGUCAGAGAAAGAGGGAGACACAGAAUCAGAAGCAGGCUGCAGGCUCUGAGCUGUCAGCACAGAGCCCAACACGGGGCUCGAACCCAUGGACAGCGAGAUCAUGACCUGAGCCGAAGUCGAACGCUUAACUGACUGAGCCACCCAGGCGCCCCACUCCUUUUUAAUAUAGUAGUACUUGCAGGUGCAGGACACAUGACAAGCUAUUAGAAGAUGUAAAGGACAGAAAACUAGCCAAAAUGAUGCAACAUAAGAAUUAUCCUCGAAGGGAAUCCCAGGAAGAAAUGACAGCCAGAGAAUUGCUCAGAACAGAUAUAAACAAUAUAUCUGAUCAGGAAUUUAGAAUAAUAGUCAUAAGACAAAUAGCCGGGCUUGAAAAAUAGCAUAGAAGACGGCAGAGAAUCUGCAGAGAUUAAGGACCUAAGAAAUAGUCACAGGGAACUAAGAAAUGCUGUAAAUGAGCUGCAAAAUAAGCUAGAUGCAAUAACAGCAAAGAUAGGUGAAAUAGAAGAUAAAGUAUGGAAAAUGAUGAAGCUGAGAAAAGUAGAAAAAGGAAGUUACUAGAUCAUGAGGGAACAAUUACAGACCUAAGUGAUUCAAUGAAAUAAUAUCGAUAUCAUAGGAGUUCCAGAAGGGGGAAGAGAGAAGGGAGAAGAAGAUUUAUUUGAACAAAUUAUAGCGAGAUGUUCCCUAAUCUGGGGUAGGAAACAGGCAUCCAAGUCCAGGAGGCACAGAGAACUCCCAGAUCAACAAAAAUAAGUCAACACCAUGACAUAUCGUAGUGAAACUGGCAAAAUACAAAGAUAAAGAGAAAAUUCUGAAAGCAGCUAGGGACAAAUGGCCCUUAACAUACAAGAGUAGACACAUAAGGGUAGUAGCAGAUCUGUCCACUGAAAUUUGUCAGGGCAGAAGGGAGUGGCAAGAAAUAUUCAAUGUGCUGAAUAGGGAAAAUAUGCAGCCAAGAAUCCUAUAUCCAGCAAGGCUGUCAUUUAGAGUAGAAGGAAAGAUAAAUGUUUUUCCCAGAGAAAAACUAAAGGAGUUCAUAAGCCAGCCCUGCAGGAAAUCUUAAGGGGGUCUGUGUGAAUGGAAAGCAGAAAAGACUACAAAGGACCAGAGACAUCACCACAAGCGUGAAACCUACAGAUAACACAAUGACACUAAAUCCCUAUCUUUUAAUAAUCUGAAUGUAAAUGGACUAAAUGCCCCAAUCAAAAGACAUGGGAUAUCAGAAUGAAUAAAAAACUAAGAUCCAUCUAUAUGCUGCCUACAUGAGACCCAUUUUAGACCUGAGGACACCGGCAGAUUGAAAGUGAAGGGAUAGAGAACCAUCUAUCAUGCUAUGGGAUGUAAAAAGAAAGCCAGAGUAGCCAUACUUCUAUCAGACAAACUAGAUUUUAACCAAAGACUGUAACAAAAGAUGAAGAAGGUCAUUAUAAUUGAGGGGUCUAUCCAUCAAGAAGCGCUAACAAUUAUAAAUGUUUAUGCCCCAACUUGGAAGCACCCAAAUAUAUAUAUCAGUUAAUCACGAACAUAAAUAAAUGUAUAGAUAACAAUACUGUGAUUGUAGGGGACUUUAAUACUCCACUUACAACAAUGGACAGAUCAUCUAGGCAGAAAAUCAGUAAAGAAACAAUAGCUCUGAAUGACACAUUGGACCAGAUGGGCUUAACAGAUAUAUUCAGAUCUUUUCAUCCAAAAGCAGCAGAAUGCACAUUCUUCUCGAGUGUACAUGGGACAUUCUCAAAAUGGGUCACAAAACAGACCUCAACAAAUAUAAAAGGAUUGAAAUCAUGCCAUGCACCUAUUUUCAGAUCACAACGCUAUGAAACUUGAAAUCAACCACAAAAAUACAUUUGGAAAGCCUCUAAAUACAUGGAGGUUAAAGAAUAUCCUAAGGAAUGAAUGGGUCAACCAGGAAAUUAAGGAAGAACUUUAAAAGCAUAUGGAAGCAAAUGAAAAUGAAAACAUAACAGUCCAAACCUUUUGGGAUGCAGCAAAGGCAGUCCUAAGGUGAAAAUACAGUGUGAUCCAGGCUUAUCUCAAGAAACAAGAAAAAUCCCAAAUACAGAAUCUAACCUUACAGCUAAAGCAAUUAGAAACAGAGCAGGAAAGAAGCCUCAAAACCAGCAGAAGAAAAGAAAUAAAGAUUAGAGCAGAAAUAAUAUAAAAUAAUAAUUUAAAAAAGAACAGAACAGUUCAGUGAGUCUAAGAUCUGAUUUUUUGAAAGGAUAAACAAAAUUGGUAAACCCUUAGCCAGACUUCUCAAAAAGAAAAGAGAGAACCCAAAGAGAUACAAUCACAAAUGAAAGAGAUCACAACGCCACAGAAAUACAAACAAUUAUUAUAGAAAACUAUGAAAAAUUAUAUGCCAACAAACUGGAUAAUCUGGAAGAAAUGGACAAAUUCCUAGAUACCCAUCCACUACAAAAACUCAAAUGGGAAGAAAUAGAAAACUUGAACAGACCCAUAAGCAGUGAAGAAACUGAAGCAGUUA